AUGGAUUUGAAAAGUAUAGUUUGCGAUUUAAAGGACUACCUUAAACCCCCAACCUCCUCGUCCUCCUCCUCUAGAGCUUUAGAGCAGCGCCUCUUCCAUCUAUUGCAGAGCUGCAACACACUCCGAAAUCUGACCCAAAUUCAUACACAGAUAGUGGUCCAUGGAUUCACCCAAAAAAGCUAUAUUCUUUCUAAGGUACUAGCGUUGUAUGUAGGUUGUGGGUGUCUUGAUAAUGCGCUGAGAGUUUUCGGGAAUGUGAAGAGUCCGAGUACUACUGUGUGGAACCAGAUAAUCAGAGGGUAUGCUGGCAGCGAAACUCCGGGGAAGGCGGUUGAGUUGUAUAACAGGCUGGCGGCGACGGAAGCCGAGCCGGAUGGGUAUACGUAUUCGUAUGUUGUUAGUGCCUGUGCUAGGUCAGGGAUGGUUAGAGAGGGGGAGCAGUUGCAUGGGAGAGUUUUGGGUGGUGGGUUUGGUUCUAAUGUGUUUGUUCAGACCAGUUUGGUUAGUUUGUAUGCAGGUGGUGGUGUUGAGUGCGCGCGCAAGGUGUUUGAUGAAAUGCGUGAGAGGAGUGUUGUCAGUUGGAAUACGCUGCUUUCGGGGUAUGUGAGGAGCCGGGAUUUUGAUGGGGCGCGGCGAGUUUUUGAUGAGAUGCCGGAGAGGAAUGUGGUGUCGUGGACGACAAUGAUUGCGGGGUGUGCUCAGAAUGGGAGGUGCAAGGAAGCUUUGAGUUUGUUUGGGCGGAUGAGGAAGGCGGAUGUGGAACCGGACCAGGUUGCGCUAGUGGCGGUGUUAUCGGCCUGUGCUGAAAUUGGGGACUUGAGAUUGGGAAGGUGGGUUCACUGGUACGUUGAAGAGGGAUUGUGUGUUAGAGCUAAGUCGCGGUUGGUGACUGUGUACAAUGCACUCAUACAUAUGUACGCCAGUUGUGGUUUGGUUGAUGAAGCGUAUAAGGUGUUCAAGCAGAUGCCUAGAAGGAGCACUGUCUCGUGGACAAGCAUCAUAGUUGGGUUCGCAAAGCAGGGUCGCGGGGAGGAAGCUCUUCGAAUAUUUCAAUUGAUGCUGAGCUCGGAACUUGAUGAUGUAAGACCCGAUGAAAUUACUUUCCUUGGGGUGUUGUGUGCCUGUAGCCAUGCUGGAUUAGUUGAUGAGGGCCGGAGACUUUUCAAGUUCAUGACGCAGACUUGGGGACUCGAACCAAGGAUUGAGCACUAUGGCUGCAUGGUCGAUCUAUUAAGCCGUGCUGGUUUUUUAAAUGAAGCUCAUGUACUUGUGGAGACUAUGCCAAUGGAGCCAAAUGACGCUGUGUGGGGUGCUCUCCUCGGCGGUUGCAUGCUUCACAAGAAUUCUGAGCUUGCAUCACUUGCAGCUCAAAAGUUAACAGUUGCACUUGACCCUGACCAAGCCGCAGGGUAUCUUGUGCUCUUAUCGAAUGUGUAUGCUUCUGCUAAAAGAUGGCUAGAUGUUGCUUAUGUGAGACAGAAAAUGGUUCACGUGGGCGUGAAGAAGCCUCCAGGUCGAAGUUGGGUUCAAAUCAAUGGAGCUGUUCAUGGUUUUGUGGCAGACUCCGAGGUUUCUGGGUCUUGCUCAAAUGGUGAUUUGGAUUCUGGGUCUGGUUUAAAUGGUGGGUUUGUCUCGGAAGGGUCGUCUUCUUGGCAAGAGCUGAGUUUGGAGCCUCGUGGGGGUAAAGAUGUAAAUGGUGGAGUUGAGUCUGUUGAGGAGAGGCAGUUGUGUUUGAGGAAUGGUGGGAAAGAUGGGUUUUUGAAUGGGAUUACUGUGAUGGCCAGGACUGUUUUGCCUGUGAGGAAAAGAGUAAUGCUGAAUAUGCGGUGGGGGGUGAACUUUCCGGCGAAGUUGGGGACGAAGCUGCUGUAUUUGACAGUGAAUAAGCUCGUUGUUUAG